AAGCGCGUCCGCUCCCGCCCGGGUCUGCGGCGGCGGCUCCGGUCCAGGUGCGGCAGCGGCUCCAGCAGCGGAAACGGCAGCUGCCCGGUGGGCGGCUCGGCCCGGCUCGGCACAGCUCUCCGUGCGUCACGGCCGCCCCGUCCCAUCGCUUCCAGCUCUCGGGUCCGGUAGCUCAGCCGUGCGCCGCGGGGUCCCGGGGCAGCGGGUUCCGGUGACCGUCGGUGCAGGCUGUUCCUUCCCGAUCCCCGUCUCGAGGCUGGCGUGUUUCGGUCGCGACGUCCCGCGGCGCGGUCCCAUCCUUCCCCGUCCGUUAUCCCCGGCGCCGGAGGGUCCCGGUGCCCCGCAGCGCGGUCGAGUCCUUCCUCCCCUCCCCUUGGUGUCGGUCUCCCUCGGCGCGCCCCUUCCCUUCCGCAUCCCCGUUCCCGUCACCCGCGAUGCUUGCGGCUCCCGGUUCCCGGUGACAGCGUUUCCGAUCGUUAUCUCUUCCAGCCCUGCACCCGGCAGCAACAUGUGGCUCCUGGAGCGGCUGCGCGGCAUGGCGGAGAGCAGCAGCGCACGGGGUUCGGGGCCGGACGAUUCCCCGCGGGGCUCCCGCUAUAGCAACGUCCUCACCCCCGAUAAGAUCCCCGACUUCUUCAUCCCGCCCAAGCUGAGCGCUGCACCAGCUGAACCCGAGGGUACCGAAACCACCGCGCCUCCCGUCCUGGGUCCGUCUGUCUCGGAGCAGGACCUGACGGACCGCAAGACCCCACGCAGCCCCCGGCCUCCCAGCCGACCCCGUGCGAAGGCAUCCGGCCGUCACAUCAUCCAGAUCGAGAGCGCCGAGGACUGGACAGCCGAGGGCGGCUUCGGCACCAACGUGGACCCGCAGGCGCAGACGGCCAUGUCUCUGCCCUAUGUCCCCAAAGCGCAGACCUCCUACGGUUUCGCCACGCUGGUGGAGAGUCCCCACACCCGACGUAAGGAAUCGCUCUUCCAUAGCGAACACAGCAGCCUCUGCCCCUCGCCGGCCACCUCGCCCAGUGGCCAGCGCAGGGCAAAGCUCAACGGUGAGAGCAGAGCUCAGGCUCCUGCCGACCUGGGGGCGGCCCUCAUGCACCCCGGGCGCUAUUUCAGCGGCGGUGAAAGCGACACGUGCUCUUCAGCAGAGUCCUCACCCUUCGGCUCACCCCUCCUCUCCCGCUCCGUCUCUCUGCUGAAGAUCUUCAGUCAGGAGAGCCAAUCCAAGGUCAUCAAGCUGAAGCACUCGGUGGCUCGCAACAGCUCGCUUUCAACCGAUGACAGCUCAGCCGACACCAGUCCCAGCGCCCAGCGUCGCUCCAGGAGCGCUCCGGCCGGGGGACAACCGACAGCGGGCGCGGAGCUGCCGCAGGGUCGGCCCCGUGAGCACAGCCUGCGGCUCAGCCGGGGCGGCCGCCUCCGUCUGACUGCUGAUUAUGACCCUUCCAACGCCCGGCUUCGCGUUCAGCUCAUCUGCGCUGAGGAUCUCUACGACGCUCUGGUCGAUGUGCGUGGUAUCCACUGCUGCGUUUCGCUGUGCCUCAACCCGGGGAAGCUACAGAAGCAGCGCAGCACCAUCAUCAAGAACAGCCGCAACCCUGUCUUCAAUGAGGACUUCUUCUUCGAUGGGCUGGGCCCCAGCCACGUCAGGAAGCUGUCCCUCAAGCUGAAGGUGGUCAACAAAGGCAGCAGCCUGAAGCGGGACACGCUGCUGGGGGAGAAGGAGCUCCCGCUCAGCGCCCUGCUGUAGGCUCAGCAGCCCUGCAGGGAGCGUGCCCGUGGGGCUGGGGCACGGGAGGGCUUGGGCCAGCCCUGGCCCCUCUGAACUAGGGCUUGGAAGGGCCCCCAGAGGAGGGCCAGGGCUGUGGCAGAGCUCAGGGAUGCAGGGCCGGGUCCCCGGGAGCGGAGCUGCCAGAUGCAGCCCCUCCUGUGCCAGCCUCUCCCUUCUGUUCCAGCUCCCUGGCCGGGGCUGCGGCUCCUGGAGCACAGCAGGAGCCACGUGCCCUGUCCCUUUCAGAUGGAUGGAUGUCACCUGCUGGGCUCUUCCCUUUCUGGUUUCCCGUGGCCUCCAGCUGGCCAGCACGAAGGUUGGAAGUGGGUAGAGCUCUGCAGCAUGCUUAUUGCCACCUCUCUCCAAGCCUUAGCUCCUGGAGUCAGAUGAUGGCAUCGACCUUGGCUUUCAUUUAAAAGUCAAGCUUUGUAGUCUUGGAAACUGCAGAGAAAAUGCUGCAGAGGUGACCCAGGAACCUGGUUGGGGUCCCUGGGAGGUGGCCUCGUGGCUGACUCACAUCUGUGGUCUUUCUGAGUCCCUUCCUGGAACCACAUAGAGUGUGCAGUCAGCUCUGCCCUCCUGUCCUGGUCCCCCAGAUACUGACCCCUCUCCCCCAUGAACAACAGCUGCAGGAACUUCAGAGGCGUUUGGAUUUAUCCAAACCCAGAUGGAUGCUGAUAGGAGCUGGCUCUGCUGCUGGGGGGGGGGGGGGGGGGGGGGGCACAUGGCCAUGGGGGUGAGCAUGCAUGCUAGGGUAACAUCCCAGCAGACCCCAAGCAACAAAAGCAGCACCUGCUGCCUUCCCAAGUGCUCGUGGCUCUGUGCCUGCAUGGCACUGGGGAUGGGUGGCACCAGAGCAGGUGGCAGGCUGGGAUCUGGGCUGCCCCCCUCUAAUUCUGCCCUCUCUGAGCACUCACAGGUGAGGGGCUUGAAAGCUUCUGCACCCCCCCCCCCCCCCCCCCCUUCCCACCCACAGGGAGAUGCAUGGCCCUGGGGUCACAAAGCCCCCACACCUGGUGGGACCCAGUCCCCAAACAGGGCUGUGUUGGCACAUUGAAUCCCAGCACUGCCCAGAGACACCAGAAUGGGGGAAAUCCAGGCUGGGGUAUCUGCAGGUGGCUGAAACAGCCGCUUUGUUGUUGUUUGGUGUGGUGUUACCUGCAUGUUUUUGUGAAAAGGAGCAGAAAUAGCAUCGCUCCUCUCUGCCCCCUUCCAACACGUGUGGACACACGCACAUGUGUCCCUCUGUGUCAACCUCUGUUGGUGGCGGUUGAUGUUCCUUCCUUGUCCUUUGCAGCAGAUGGCAGAUUUCAGUGUUGGCUAUUUAUAUCCGAGGCUGAUCUUUCCCAGCGUGUUUUACUUCUGUCUGUAAAUAUGUUUCAGGUAUACGAGGCAUGGUUCUGGUGCUGUUUGCAUGUCGGGGGGGGGGUGGGGGGGUGGGUUGGGAUGAUCGUGGCUGUUUGUUGAGCUUGUGGUUGAAAACAAACCGUGCAGGACGUGAGGAACAGACGCAUCCCUUUUGCCACAGGGGAUUUCCCACCUGCUGCUCCCCAUUGCUCUCCUCAGGAACAACCAAGGGCUGCCCAUCCCUGUUCUUCCUCCAUCCCCUGACAUGGAGGUGGGGGGGGG